AUGCAUAGCUUAGAAAACGGACUUAGAGAACUUAAUGUGAGUCCGCCGUCGCGAAGAAAGAAUGAGUCAAACACUGCAGAAACUUCUGAUAGAAAUACAGCUGCCACGUCCAUGUCGCAUUUAGCAUGUUUAGAUCACUUCAUACGAGACCUGGAUGAACGGAAAGGCAAGUUACCUUGCUGUCAAGAAGUCACUGACAUUCAUACCAGUGUCGAAGGGUUCCUUAAAACUCUCCUUUUGAGAGUAGAGAAAAGCCUUCCUUUCUACAAAACAACACUUAUAAACAGUGGAAGCUUCUACGAGGGAACGAAAGUCGGAAAACCCAACGAGUUCGACUAUUUUGUUCAGUUGGAUAAUUUCUCUGGUCCUGAGGACAUUCGCUUUGAGGAGUUAUCACCUUGCAUGGUAGCAGUGAUUCCAAGCGAUUCGGCUUUUGAGAAAUUUAUAAAAUCGCAAGAGGAAUAUAAUCGUUCUUCUCCUUUCAUUUGUUCUUUCCAAUGGAAGAGAGACGUGAAGUCACUAUUUAUCGACACACUGAAUAGUAUAUUUGCCCAGGAGUUUGUAGCAUUCGGUUUCAAAGCUUCAGAGGCUUGUUCGAGCCGGUUAAACAGACAUGGACCUGCUUAUACUUUAGAGCUCGAAUGGGACGGAGGGCAGCUUUAUAAAGGAUUAAUAAUCAGGAUCGAUUUGUCUAUAGCAGUUAAGAUUAAUUCUCAUUCUUCAACAAUGGCAGUAGAUUUUGAAUCUGGAGCUGGUAAGGUCGUGAAAUCAUUAUUAGAUGCUUCACCAGCAUACUACUUCGCAGUAAGUGGAUACUCUUAUCUUUACACCGUUCAAUUAUCAAACUUGUUCAAAGAACUCGAAGAAACACAGAAUCAUAGAAUAACCGAUCAAUCUGACUGUAUUUUGCGUUGUUCCCAGUCAUGUCUUGAACAGUCACUGUUCCGUGACCAUUUUGGUCCUGAUGGAGGACCAAGUGUUUGUCUCAGGGUGCUCAAGGUGUUGCGUGACAUGACACGUCCACUUCACAGGGCUGGUUGCAAUGGCCAUAUGGAGUUCAAUUGCAAAAAUGGAAUUGAUGAAACUGCUUGGGAAUUCAUCACAACUGAAUCAGUUUCUAGUAACUGGCAACGUGUCCAACAAAGUAACUUUGGGAAUGAUGAAUUUGAACCGGACAGUACCAGAUGGAUUUCUUCAUAUGCACUUAAAACCCUAGUUUUGUUUGAAUGGAGUGAAAACCCAGAGGACGAACAGUGGACUGGGAGCAACCUUAGUCAGCGUGUUCUGAACAUAUUUACUUGUCUUCUUGAUCUCAUUCUGAAGCGCAAUGAAGGGUUGAGAAGCUUUUGGUAUAAAGACUAUAAUGUUCUACCAGAUAAUGAGCAAGGAUAUGUCCCGUCAGAAGCCAUCAACAGGGUCACCAUCAUUUUCAGAUUUCUGUUAUCCUUAGAUAAUAAAACUAAUGAGUAUUCUUUUGAACACUGUAUUCACAAUCUCACGACUUUGAUGGUGUUGGCCUCUCAAAAACUAAAAGUGACCAGUUUCUUGCAGAAUGCCCUCCAAAACCUUUUUCGCGAUAAGAUAAAGAAGGUUAUGCGAGAAGUAGUAGGUGAGAGAAAGAAACGGACUUUCAAUUACAGACCUCCCAAGAUGUUAGGAGAUGAUUUUAACCUUGAUUUCAUGUUAGAGGAUAGAGUGUUUGUUGGCUUCUACAUGCAAGCUCUUCUUUGUAAAAUAGCUCCAGAAGAGGAGUUAAUUCUUUCACGUCAUUCAGGGUAUAAAAAUUUCCCAGAUCCACUCAUCUUUGUGUCGGAAACUGAGUGUCUUACCGAAGAAGAAGCUAAAGGGAUUGUAAAGAAAGCAAGAGAACUUUUUCAGAAAAUUGCUCGUGAAAGAAUGAACAUACUUGACAAUUUACCAGACUACAGUCUUUGGUCAGGGGACUUUAAACCUGACGAGAUGACCAACCUACUGAAGUUGCUGUGCGAGAACUUUGAAAAAGAUCUCGAAAUCCUGUGGAAUAAAAUUUGCAAUCUCAAAGAAGAAGCAAAGACGACUGGAAAUGUAGCGGAAACGUGA